AUGUACGCUUAUAUUAGAUACGCGGACAAGCAGACGUCUAUACUUCCCAUCUCAUUAAUUCAGAGGUUCGAGCCAAAGCAUUUAGAGGAUUUCGACCCCAAGAAGUCGAAACUUGCCUUCUGGCAGGGCCCUGAUGGCGGCGAUGGAGGAUACUAUGACGCUAAGGUUAUAAUGUUGGGAGAAACAAAGACUCAGCUCAUGAAGCAAAUGGUGAAAGAAAGGGUGCCACUUCCAGCUGUCAUUCUGCAUGAUGCCGUGGAAAGUCGGGAAACACUGAAUGUGGAUGUGGCGGGACCGAGUGGUCUUCAAAAAAAUUUGAGAAAAACAUCAUCGAAACAGAAAGACCGCAGCUCUGAGACACAAGAGGACCUCGUUCCGGCUGCAGACCUCAGAGACGCUAAAAAGAAAAUUAGGGCCCUGACGAAGGAGUUGGAAGAAGAGAGGGCUCUGUGCCGACAAGUGCAGUAUGCACUUUUACAUAGACUUGACGCACAUGAAACAGGUCUAGCAGGUCUCAGCUGA